UUGUGUAGGAGGAAAGGCCUUGAGCCACACACCGUCUCUGAACUGGUGAUGGGAAAAAGACCAGGAUUUACCUCCAGUCCAAACUGGUAGGCGAAACAGAACCAAACCAAGGCCUAACAGAUUACAGAGAUUAUCAGGAGCAAUAUUUAAGCAUCAGAAAUAAUUGAAAUGUUAAGAGAGUGACAGAAGAGGCAACACUUUCAGCUGAUUUCAAAGCAGAAACAGGACCUAGAGGAGUCUGUGCUGCACCCUGCAGAGGAUGCAACUGGUUGUCAUGGCAGCAUUGCUGGUGCUGGCAGAGGUGGGGCAGGGCUGCAGCUUCAUCUGCCAUCUAAAAAAUGUCAGCAUUCCCGUGGAGAGCUGCGGCAUCACCACACUCAUCCACACCACAGUCUGUGAGGGCCGGUGUUUCUACAUGGAUCCCAUCUACGACAACAACAUUGACCAGCCUGAGGUGAACACCUGUAACGGGGACUGGUCCUAUGAGGUGGAGCACAUCGAUGGGUGUCCAAUGGGGGUCACGUACCCUGUAGCCAGGAGCUGCAGCUGCAUGGCGUGCAACACAGAGAGCACAUUCUGCAAAACCUUCCAUCCACACGUACUCGGCUGUUAAUGUUCUUCCUGCAGUUCAUGCCCGCGAUCUCGGUGUGAUUUAACCCAGCAGUCAAAUAAAACCAUUGUUGCUCACAU